AUGGGAUUCCAGUUAAUUGUAGCCUCUUGCUUCUGCACGACCCACAGUUCGAGCAAAGUGGAGGCGCGCAAAAAGCUGGCCCUCAGCACCACGGCGUACAUGGCAACACUGGGCUGCAGCACAGGUCCCAGCCUCGAGACCCCGCUCUUCUCACCGGCGUCUACUCUGACCCUGCAGGAGUCGACAAAGGCCAACGACAGCUUGCUGAUGGGAUCUACGGCCGGAGCAACAACAACACAUGGUCUCGCUGGAGGCGGAAACCAUGGCAACACGGCCAGUCUCACGGCAGGAUUGGGGGUCGACGUGGGCAUGGCGGGUGUUUUGGUCGGUGGCACGGGCAGAUACAGCAGCAUGGGCGGACUGUUGCAGCGCGCCUCACUGGAGGUCGGCUCGGCCGGCGCUAAUUUAGUGGGAGGAAGCGUUGCCACAGCAACUCCGUCGAGUCUAGCCCAAGUGCCGUCUCGUGGUACAACACCUACUCGUCUGGGACGGCAGUCGGAUCUCGGCCUCUACGGCGUCUCUGGUGGUGCGGGCACUUUGGGUGAGUGGCAUCAGCCAGUUAGUUUGGCGACUUUGCAUAUAUGUAGAUAUAAUUUUCUAAAUAAUUAA